GUGUGUGUGUGUGUGUGUGUGUAAGUAAGUGUAUGUGAGCGUUGCAGCGCUGCAACAACAUCUGUGGACAGGACAGACACACAGACACUCAGUCAGCCGCUGGGUUCUCCUCCCACUAUGCUCGAGACACACAGCAGCGUGGAUUGGAGUGUAGUGUUUUCCGGAAGAGAGGGUGUGUGAGAUGGGACACAUCUCGGGUCAGCAGCUGAUCCUGCCACACAUCUAAGCCGAGGAGGAGCCCGUGUGUGUGGAUGUGGAUGUGGAUGCCUGUCUGUCAGAGGGAAUCCACGACAGACACCGCGCGUCCGUACGGGACAUCCCUCCCUCUCCCUCUCCCACUCCCGCUCCCGAUCCCUUAACAUGGAGCAUUAGAGGGACUCAAACACACCCGAUCUCGCGUUUGGAGGGACCUUCGUCAGGUGACAUUUCUUGGAUUCCAGGAAGGGUCAGACACACUGGAAGCUACAACCUAAUUGUCUGACUGUGGUGAGGCCCUGAACCUUCUGAGUCAUAAGCUGACCCAGGUCCCGUGGAUGCUGGUGGGCAACCUUCAGUAUUCUGCCCACCACCUGCUCCUGAACCGCUGCUGUCUCCCCGCUGGCCAUGGCUACGGGCAGUGACCCCGGCUCCGAGAGGCCAGACCUCGACUGUGCCAGUCAGACCGGCAGUCUCGCGGACACCGUGGCUGCCAUGACAAUGAAAGACCCAGAAGGAUCGACUGCCAACGGCGUGAAGAACGGCGGGUCUCAGCAGGAUGGGGCUCCGGCCAAGAGGACUCGGCCGCCGCGGCCACAACUCACUGGAAGGAAGUUGUCUCUACAGGAGAGAGGCACUUACCUGGCAUCAGGCUCGGGGGGAGGCUACGCCCACAUCUCCCCCCGUGUUGCCCGCAGACCCACAGUGGAGUCGAAACGUGUGUCUAUAUCAGACUCUCAGGACUGUAUCCAGUUGAACCAGUACAAGCUGAAGAGUGAAAUUGGAAAGGGCUCCUAUGGUGUGGUCAAACUCGCCUACAACGAAGAUGAUGAUAAACAUUAUGCCAUGAAGGUGGUGUCCAAGAAGAAGUUAAUGAAGCAGUGUGGGUUUCCACGUCGUCCGCCCCCGAGGGGACCCAAGGCAGCCCAAGGGGAGCAGCCUAAAAUCUUAGGACCUUUGGAGAGGGUCUAUCAAGAGAUUGCCAUCCUGAAAAAAUUGGAUCAUGUCAACAUUGUGAAGCUGGUGGAGGUGCUGGAUGAUCCCGCAGAGGACAACCUGCACAUGGUGUUUGAGCUGAUGCCAAAGGGUCCAGUGAUGGAGGUGCCGACAGACGAUGCUUUGUCAGAGGAGCAGGCGAGGUUAUACUUCAGAGACGUCAUCCUGGGCAUGGAGUACUUGCACUACCAGAAGAUCGUCCACCGGGACAUCAAGCCCUCCAACUUGUUACUGGGAGAUGACGGCCACGUGAAGAUUGCAGACUUUGGGGUCAGCAACCAGUUUGAGGGCAAUGAUGCUUUGCUGUCCAGCACAGCCGGUACUCCAGCCUUCAUGGCUCCAGAGACCCUGUCAGACCAGCGCAAGAGCUUCAGUGGAAAGGCUCUGGACGUGUGGGCCAUGGGAGUUACCCUCUACUGUUUCGUCUUUGGGAAGUGCCCAUUUAUUGAUGAGUACAUAUUGGCUUUGCACAACAAGAUAAGGACCAAGCCUGUGGAGUUCCCAGAAGCACCCGCGAUCAGUGAAGAGCUGCGGACCUUAAUCUUGAGGAUGCUCGACAAGAACCCGGACACCAGGAUCACCAUACCGGAGAUCAAGAUGGAUCAGUGGGUGACCCAGGGAGGCGUCGACCCGCUGCCUCUGGAGGAGGAGCACUGCUCUGUGGUGGAGGUGACGGAGGAGGACAUCCAGAAUUCUGUCAAGUUUGUUCCCAGCCUCUCUGCGGUGAUCUUGGUGAAAGCCAUGCUGAGGAAACGCUCCUUCAGUAACCCGUUCGAAUGCCCCAGCAGAAGAGAGGAGAGGUCCAUGUCUGCACCGGGCAGCCUGCUCAUGGAUUCGUGGCCAUUCAGGCCCUCUUUAAAGCUUCACCCCUCUCUCAGAAAGAGCAGCACUGGAGAUGGACCCAGAGAAGGAGAACUGGAGGAUCUGAAUGAAGACGAACCCUCCUCUUGAAUCUCCCUUCAACUGAGUUUUGAAUCCAUGGUCUUUACAUCCCUUCGCUUGAACCACUGUGCGCUCGCCUCAGGCUUGCUUUCAUUUUUUUGCUUCCAGUCCCUUUAAAAAAAAAAAAAUCCAGCUUCCUUCUUCACUGUGGAGUUUCUGGGCGCGAGGCUUGAUCUGCAAGGUCGAUUGUCUUUCCUACUCAGCCUCGCACUAAUGUCUUUGGCAUCAGUGAACCAACUGAAGGAACUUUCCGGGUUGUGAACAGUUCAAGUUGUUGUUACAGGAAAAGAGAAGAAAAUAUUUGUCAAA